CUACUUUUAAAUUUUAUCUAUGAAUAACGCCACCACAUGGUUUGUGUUUAUGCGUCGUGAUCGAUUAAAUCUCCGUUAACAUUAUUCCUAUUAUUUUGUGACAAAAUGAAAGUGAAAGUGUUGUCAAGAAAUCCAGAUCAUUAUUUAAGAGAAACAAAACGUGAUAUUUAUAAAGUUCCUAGGAACUAUAAUCCAGAUUUGCAUCCGUUGGAAGCAUCCAGAGAAUAUACAAGGGCAACAAAUGCGGUAAAACUACAGAAAAUAUUUGCAAAACCUUUUGUAGGAAAUUUGGAAGGCCAUAAGGAUGGAAUAUCCACCUUUUGCAAACACCCCACAAAAUUGACUACCAUUCUCAGUGGAGCUUUCGAUGGGGAAGUCAAAAUAUGGAAUCUUGGUCAUCAAACUUGUGAACGUACAUUCCUAGCACAUGAUGGUAUAGUAAGGGGCAUUGUGUACGGUUUACAUGGCAGCCACAUAAUUACUGCUGGUGAUGACAAAACCAUUAAAUUAUGGAAAGCAGAAAAGCCAUUAUUUGGCGCUGAAGAGGAACCUGUAAACACAAUUAUCAGCAGAACUAUAAUUACUGGAAUUUCUCAUCAUCGAUAUAAACCUAUAUUUGCAACAUGUGGAGAAGUUUGUCAACUUUGGGAAGAAACGAGGAAUGAACCGAUUAGGACAUUCAGAUGGGGUGUUGAUGGUUUAAAUGAUAUUAAAUACAAUCCAGUCCAGUCAAACUUACUUGCUACUUGUGCCAGUGACCGUAGUAUCAUCUUGUACGAUACUAGAGAAACAGGCCCUCUACGGAAGAUAACCAUGAAGCUGAAGGCCAAUAAAUUAUGUUGGAACCCUAUGGAAGCUAUAACUUUCACGUGUGCUAAUGAAGACUAUAAUUUAUAUACCUUCGAUAUACGCAAUUUGAUGAUACCAGUAAAUGUACAUAGGGAUCAUGUGUCGGCAGUGAUCGACGUUGAUUAUUCACCAACUGGAAAAGAAUUUGUGUCUGGCAGUUAUGAUAAAUCGAUCCGCAUUUUUGAGUCUGACAAGGGUCAUUCUCGAGAAAUAUACCACACGAAACGGAUGCAAAGAUUAACGUGCGUAGCGUGGAUUCUGGAUAGCAAAUACAUUGUCACUGGCAGCGAUGAAAUGAACAUUAGAAUUUGGAAAGCUAAUGCGUCAGAAAAGCUGGGUGUGUUGAAACCUAGGGAAAGAGCAAGUCUCAAUUACAAUGAAGCAUUGAAAGCAAAGUUCCUUGCGCAUCCUCAGGUGAAGAGAAUUGCUCGACACAGACAAGUUCCAGAACACAUUUACAAGGCCAGAGACGAACUGCGUACAAUUCGCCAGAAGAUUAAACAGAAGGAAUCCAACAGGCGCAUUCAUUCUAAACCAGGAACUGUACCAUUUGUUCCUGAAAGACGGAAGCAUGUUGUUCAAGAACACAAGUAAUGACAAAUUAUUUGCAAUUGUCUCAUUCGUUUUCUCAUUAUUGCAAUUGUAAUAAAAUGAUGUACUGUGAUAAAUAAUUUAAUAUUUGAUUUAAAAAAUAACUACCUGAAAUUCGACUUUACUAGUAAUUUAAUAAUAUGUUAUAUUCAAUUUAUAUUAUGAAACUUCAGUUUUACUAUUAAUUCUUUAAACAUUCUUCAGCUUUUUUAGUAUUAUAUCCAGUAUUAUAAUCAGUAUUAUAUCCAUCGAAUUUUAAUAAUAUAGCGUUCAAUAAGAACAAUAAUAAUUUUAAAGGGUGAAUGGGAUAAUCGACAAUAACGUGGGCUCGUAGACUAAAUUAUAUUAUUUUAUUUAUCGUUUAUUGUAAUAAAUAAUUUUAUUAAAAUUA